AUGAAGAACCCCUUUGCCCGGUCCUCGCGAAGUGGUGAUGAUGGCCCAUCAGAAAUAUAUGGAUAUCGCAUUUAUAUGCUUGCGUUGUCGGCAACAUGGGCAUCCGCAAUGUAUGGCUAUGACUCUGCUUUCAUUGGAGGAACACUAGAGUUACCGUCCUUUAAAACUUCCUUCGGUCUGAAUGCGAGCGAUUCGACCUCGCUUUCAUCCAAUGUUGUGUCGAUGUUCCAGGCGGGUGCAUUCUUUGGUGCCAUCUGCGGAUUCUUUUUCGCCGAGUAUUUUGGUCGUAAGCCUGUCAUUCUGGGCUCGGGUGUCAUUUUCGCUAUCGGUGCUGCUGUUCAGCUAAUAGGGAAAAUAUCGGCGCUCUAUGUCGGUCGAAUUUUCACUGGGCUAGGAAUAGGCGCAUCGUCAACCAUCAUUCCCAUUUAUAUUGCUGAAUGUUCCCCGGCUCUCAUUCGCGGGCGUUUAGUUGGAAUUUUUGAGAUCAUGCUACAGAUCGCACUCGUUUUCGGAUUUUGGAUCAAUUACGGCGUCAACAAGAACAUCUCGAGCACAAGCCCUACACAAUGGAGAAUCCCGGUGGGUAUACAGCUCGUUCCGGCCGGCCUACUAUUGAUCUGCAUGCCAUGGAUGAUUGAAAGUCCGCGCUGGCUUGCCAGCAAGGACCAAAUCGUCAAAGCCCAAAGGCAUCUGGCUUGGGUCCGUCAUCUCCCACUGGACCACCCCUAUGUGGUCAAUGAGUUGGCUGAGGUACAAGCUGCUGUCAGUCAAGAGCUCGAGUUCGGUGGAGAAAAACGUACUUUAGUCCAAAUUUUGCACGAAUGUGCUGCUCCUGGCGUUCGGAACCGAAUUUUCAUCGCAGUUAUGCUGAUGCUUCUACAAAAUCUUACCGGAAUCAAUGCUAUCAAUUACUAUAGUCCUACUAUUUUCCGCUCUAUUGGGUUCACCGGGACUUCUGUGGGACUGCUAGCCACUGGAGUCUACGGACUUGUAAAAAUGGCCACGACAGCUGUUUUCAUGGUGUUUAUCGUGGAUCGCUUCGGACGUCGCGGGCCUUUGCUUGUGGGUGCAGUUGGUGCUGGGGUGGCAAUGUUCUACUUGGCCAUCUAUUCCCAGCUCAGCCAAUCCUUUGACCGCGUUCCACCUAGCAAUUCCGGAUCCCACGCUGCAGUGGCAAUGAUCUACAUUUAUGCCAUUUUCUACGGCUUUUCCUGGAAUGGAAUCCCUUGGAUCUUUGCAUCCGAAGUCCUUCCCACCCGUGUGCGGACCAUCGGCAUGAUGUGCGCUGUGUGCAUGCAAUGGUUGGCCCAGUUCAUGAUUGUCUACUCGCUGCCUCACAUGGUGGCUACUAUCAAGUACGGUACGUUCUAUUUCUUCGGAGCAUGCACCGUUAGUGCUUUUGUAUUUGCAUAUCUAUUUGUUCCGGAAACAAAGGGUGUACCUUUGGAGGAUAUGGGCGGUUUGUUCGGACCAAAUGUUAGUAUCUUGGCUGUCAAAGCCCAAGAUAAUUACCAGGAAUUCCGACGAUCGACGACAAUGGCAGCUACUGAGGCUGAACAGGAGAAGCAGGGUAGCCUUCAUGUGGAGAAUGCGUGA